GAUCUUGUUCCCAUGCAGCUGCGAUCUUGUGGAAGGUAGAAAAUGCCGUGAGACAGGGGAAAACCGGGCUCGCCUGCACAGACGGACAGAACCAGUGGAAUGCUGGGUCUAAAAGAAAUGCUGGUCAGAGGAAGAUGAAGUAUGUGAGCUUCAAGAGACACAACAGGACAGACCUCUACCAGCUGCAAUCAACUGCACAGCCAUCCUCUUCCACUCCAGAACCAGCACAGGAGGUGAGACUCUUUAGAAGUCAUGAAGAGUGGAGGAAGAACGCACUUGCCUCACCGAUGGCAGCACUUUUCAAUUGCCCUGGGGAUAGCCUCCUUCAGCUCUGCCUUAAUGCCGACACCACCAACAUCACUGAUCCAACACCAUGCCCACACCUCCAUCUCCUAACCCAUGAUGAGCACCACACACCACUGGCUUGUGAAAAAUGCAGAACUUUUUACAAUCAAUACAUUGACAUGCCCACACCCAAGUUUGAGGAGAUUGAGAGGGCUACCAAACAACAGAGCAAAGAACAGGUCUGGCAUGAUGCAAGGAGAGUGCGCAUUACAGCAAGCACAGCAAAAAAGGUGCCCAUUCGCUUAACCACAGCGCCUGAGAAGUUUUUGUCAGAGCACUUACAUCCAUCCUUCCGUGGCAAUGCCGCAACUCGCCAAGGAGCAGAGGGGGAGGAAGUGGCAAGGGACCAUUUGGAAACUCUGGGCAACAGCAUCGAGUGUAAAGGGUUAGUGGUGUGUAAAAUGGAGCCGUGGCUUGCAGCAUCCCCCGAUGGAGUGAUUAACAAAGACACUCUUUUAGAGAUCAAAACACCAGUGAUGGGAAACAAGUCAAUGGAUGAAUUUUUGGCAACAAAGGGCUGCGAAAUCACCACUGUGGCAAACAGCGAUAGGGUGGAAUACCUUAUUGCCUGCAACGGUCAAAAGGGCUACUACAUGCAGGUUCAACUUGGGAUGUACUGCACAGGGCUUCAGCACGCCAAGUUGGUCAUCUGGAACAAAACGGAGCACCUAGAAAUAGAAGUACCCUAUGACCAAGGCUUUGUUCGGGAGCAUAUCACAAGGUUGCGCACGUUCUACUUUUCCCACAUGCUCCCAAAAAUUGUUGAUGAUUUUGUUGAGGGAAGGUUACAGUUCUGCAGUAAGUAUCUCAGCAUUGUAAAACCAAAAUAAGCUGCCUUAUCUAGAUGCACAAGGGUGCCUGCCAGCAGAUGUCUGGUGUUUAGAAAAUGUAAAAUUAAUGAAUGUGAUAUAUGUUUCUUGUACAGAGUUAAAAAUAAAUGUUGAUGAAAUGUCAAAUCAUUAUGAAACUACAAUCAUGUG